AUGAAUCUGGAUGAUGUAUGUAUUCCUGUAGUUUACAACUACACUGGGUUAUACGUUGCAAAGGUUGGUUUGGGUACGUUUCGUGGUAGACCGAUACCAUUCAUGGACUACCAUUUGAUGAUUAAUACAAGUAGUGAACAAACAUGGCUUCAAUGUGAAGGUACCACAAAAACUUUCAAUCAAGAUAUGCCACUUUAUCCUUGGAGUUUGUCAACUACAUAUCGUCUAGUUCCUUGUAAUACACAUCCUCUUUGCAUGGGAGAUAAGUGCAAUGCUGAUGGCCAAUGCACUUAUUCAGUGCUUUAUGCGUCUGGAUCAGUUACAUCUGGUAUUGUUGCUACAGAAAAAGUCGCUCUUGGUUAUGAUACUGGUGGCCUUGAAAAUAUUGAAUUACAUAUAGGUUGUGGUUUUGUCCAAGAGAAUUUCGAACGUUAUUUAGGAAAUAAUCAUUUAUAUGGAAAACAUAAUCUUAUUGCAGGAAUACUUGGUUUAGGAUCCGGAGAAUGGUCUUUUAUAAAUCAGUUAGGUGCUGCUGGACAAGGUAAAUUUUCCUACUGCUUUGAAGCUAUUAAUUGGAAACUUGAGGGAUCGAAUACAUAUUUAAGGUUUGGUACAGAUGCGAAAAUUGGAGGUGCAUUUCAAAAAGUACAUACAACUCCCAUCGUAGUGACUUUGUUUCUGACGACGCUCUAUUACUUAAAUCUAGAAGAUAUUAGUGUAGGUAAUAAAAGAGUAGGAUUUCCUAGAGGUAUUUUCAAAGUUAACGAUCGAAAAGAAGGUGGUACUGUCAUAGAUUCUGGUAGUGGAAUGUCCGUAUUGCAUAAAGAUCAUUUUGAGAGAGUUGCAGAUUUGGUGAAGGCACAUUUUAACGGACUUGGAGUUGAGUAUAUUGGUUCAGACAAUAGAUUUGAUGUUUAUUUUCGUCUACGUGGAAAAUUUAAUAUUAGUAACUAUCCUUCUAUUACACUAUAUUUUCAGCAAGCGGAUUAUGUUAUUCAAAAUUAUAAAGCUAAUCUCCUGAUGUUAUCGGUUGAAAUUGUUUGUUUUGCCAAUGUCAAAGGGAGUAUGACUAGUGGGCCAUCUUUUAAUUUAGGAACAUUUCAACAAGCUAAUAAACAUAUUUUAUAUAACCUUAAUGAUCGCUCACUCUCGUCCGUUACAUAA